CUAAUUAUUCAAUGAAAAAUUUUUGUGAGACUGAAUUAGUCAUCUCAAUCAAUAAAAUUAAUUGAGAUUAUCAAUUUUUUUUUUUUAUAUAUUAUCACGGAUUAUCAUUUUUGUGAGACGAUGAUUGAAUCUUGAACCGGUUUGGUUUCGGCAGAAAGGGUUCCGGGCGUCACUGCUGCCUACCUACCAUCUCCGGCAGCGGAAAACCCAUAGUGCUGCUCCUCUUCCCCCGUGUGAUCAGUAGCACGCCUCACCCCUCGCCGUGCUCGCUCGCUCGAGAAGCAGCGUCGCAGCUCGAGUUCACGAGGUUCGACGACUGCGACGUGAAUUCUUGUACCUGCUGCAGUAUUCGGAUUUUCUAGUGGGUUACCAGUAAUAGGGUUACGGUUGACUGGUUUCCAGCAAGUUACUCGUUGAGCUUCAUUGAGAUUGCUGGAAUUUUGUAGUAUAAGAUGUCAGGCAGGAAGGAAACUGUUCUAGAUUUGGCAAAGUUCAUUGACAAGGGUGUCCAAGUCAAGCUAACAGGAGGAAGACAAGUGAUGGGGACUCUAAAAGGCUACGAUCAGCUGCUUAACCUGGUGCUAGAUGAAGCUAUAGAAUUUCUUAGAGAUCCUGAUGAUCCACUGAAGACUACAGACCAGACUAGACGUCUUGGCCUUAUAAUAUGUAGGGGAACUGCUGUAAUGCUUGUGUCACCAACUGACGGAACAGAGGAAAUUCAAAACCCCUUCAUCCAGCCAGAUGGAGCUUAAAUAGAAGUUUUAGCAACUUUGAUUCUCACCAUUGCUUGUCGCUUGGUUAUUAUUAAUUCCCAGAAAAACAUGAAGGAAAAAAAAAAAAAAACUGCUGCAUUGUCUGAAUACUAUUGCCAAGCCAUGGUGUUGUUGCCUGUGCUUUUGUCA